AUGAUCUCCUUCUACAGCUUCACCCCCAUCGCUCACCCCGACCUGGUCGUCGAGGAAUACCUGAGAGACUGGGAGCCUGUCGGGAUCCUCGGGCGUACCUACGUGGCUAAGGAGGGAGUCAACGCUCAGCUGGCUGUGCCUUGCGAGGUGGUGGGUUGGUUGGAGUCCUAUGUCCAGCAGAGGCCCGAGCUGCAGGGACAGGCAGUUCUGAAUCGCGACCCUGUGCUUGUGCGCAAGGAGGAAGAAGGGACAAACGCUCCCUUCGAGAGUCUGCACGUGAGGACACGACCGUACGUGCUGAUGGACGGGAUGGAGCGCAAACUAGAGUGGACGGACGCUGGGGAGGAGCUCUCCCCUAAGGAGUGGCACGAGAAGCUGAAAGAGGCGGCGGCGGGGAAGGGGUCGAACGGGAAGGAGGUGGUGAUCUUGGACUGCAGGAACACCUACGAAAGCGACUUGGGGAGGUUCGAUGGGGCGGUCCCUCUCAAUACAAUCAAGUUCAGCGAAUCCUGGAAUGUCAUUGAGAGCCAACUACAGGGCCGUCAGCCUGACAAGACAGAGGUCAUGAUCUAUUGCACUGGAGGCAUCCGUUGCGUGAAGGUGGGCGCGUACCUAAAGCAGAACAUGGGCUUCAAGGAUGUGAAGAGACUGCGAGGAGGGAUCGUGAGCUACCUCCGAGACCUCAACGAGACGUGCGGAGGAGACGAGAGGGAGAUGGAGAAGGCCUCCUUGUUCAAGGGCAUCAACUAUGUCUUCGACGGGAGGGUCGGCCAGCUUGUCACCCGGGAU